UUGGGCUCAUUCAUGAACUUAAAAAUGUGCACAGUAUCACUAAUUUUGAGCCCAUUUUAAAAUUAUACCUUUUUUCAUAUCAAUCAAGUUUUUUUCUACCCCCUUUGUUAUUUAAACGUGUAUGUGUUGUAGUUCUUUCGAGUUUAGAAAGAGGGAAAGCGAAGAGACGAAAAGGAAAAGCAUGAGGCGAUUGGGUGGUGAUGUAUGUGGUUCAUCCCGUGGAGAAUCAUAUAAUCAAUCACAAUUUCAUGAAAGUGGUUUGAGCGAAAUACGAGAUGACAGUCGUAAAAAUAGUAAGCCAGAGUAUUAUGAUGCGCUCUCUUAUUUGAAGGAAGUUAAGGACAUGUUUUCUGACCAAGCAGAGAAGUAUAACAUGUUUCUUGAUGUUAUGACCGACUUUAAGAGAAAAAGAAUUGAUACUGUUGGUGUCAUAGCAAAAAUAAAAGAAUUGUUUAAAGGUCAUCCUAGAUUGCUGCUUGGAUUUAAUCUUUUCUUGCCCAAUGGCUAUGAAAUAAUCCUCACGGAUGAAGACAAGAAGAAAACAGAUUUGGAACAAGCAAUCAGUUUAAUGAACAAAAUAAAGAAAUGUUUAGGAAAUGACUAUGAGUACAAAUCCUUCAUAAAUAUUCUAUCCAUGUGCAAGAAGGAGUGUAAGAACGUCGAAGAGGUGAACCGUGAGGUUGCUAUACUUCUCAAGAAUCAUCCAGAUCUCGUAGAUGAGUUCGCUAAAUUCUUGGUAGAUUCGUCUAUUGCCAAUUUGUUGUCUAACUUGGAUGACAACAAAAUAUUGAAAAAGUGAAAUAUUGGAAGUGCUUUUUAGUCUAAUUCAUAGCGAUGCUAUGUGAAUUUAAUUAGUAGAAUAAUAUAUCUCAAAUUGUUUAAUUGAAAACUUAGUUUGUUUUGUUUAAUAAUCAUUAUUUGUUUUCAUUUUGCCCUGUAUUGUUUACUUGAUACAAAACUUUUAUCAUA